AUGAAAAGUAAGACCGCUCACUCGGCAAUGGAUGAUAAAGAUACUUACGUUGAUCUCCAAGAGCAUGUUAUGCUUGAGGAGUGCGAGGAUGGCCGUUCGUCUGGUGGGAUAUUGAAGUAUAGCAAACAAGGAAUCUUACUCGAUCCUCAACCAAGCGAUGACCCGCACGAUCCUCUGAACUUCUCACAUCUGGAGAAAAGCCGCGUUCUGAUCGGAUUGGCAUAUUGGGCUUUUCUGGGAACUGCCAACCUGAUUAUCAUCACUCCUGCUUUCUUUGAAAUUGCCGAAAAUUACAAUACCUCUCUCAAUUCUGUAGCUUACACAGUUAAUGGUCCCCUCGUUGCAUAUGGAGUUGGGUGCCUUUUGUGGGUCCCCAUUGGGAAUCUCAUAGGAGUGCGACUCUCAUUUCUGAUAUCCGCUUUUGGAGCCGCAACGUUGUCAAUCUGGGCCGCUCUAGCACCUACUUUCCACCAAUUUGUUGCCGCCCGGGUUCUCGCUUCUCUAUUUUUCGCAUCACCAGAGGCAUAUGGACCGCAGAUUGUUACCGAUACUUUCUUCCUACACCAGCGUGCUGCGAGCACGAGUGUCUUCACUGCAUUCCAAUUUUGUGGCUUCACGUUUGCCGGCUUUAUAGGAGGAUAUGCAACUAUGAAUCAUGGGUGGCGUGCGCCAUCAUGGGUCAUGGUCAUUAUGUCAUAUGUUGCUUUCAUGGUUGUUGCCUUCAUUUUUCCAGAGACUACGUUUACUCGAUCCAAGGCCUGUGAACGAAAUUCAAAGCGCCAAUAUAUCCACACAUUCAGUUUGAGUCCCGGAAGUGGUGGAGGACCACCAAAAUCCUCCAGCUUGUGGAGGUCGUUUGCAGUACCGUGGAAAUACAUCUUUCACCCUACGGUUAUGCUCGCUACCAUAUUUUUUUCGCUGUUCCUGGCAACCAAUGACUACUUGUUAACUAGUAACUCCAUCGUUUAUCCGAUGGUAUACGGAUCCACUCUGAAAGAGGUGGCUCUUACUUCGUUUGCGCCUACUACUGGCUGUCUUGUAGGGAUUCUCAUUGGGGGUUGCGCGAAUGACAAGUACGUCACAUGGCAAAUAUCUAGAAAUACCGAAGGUGUCUUUAUCCCCGAGAUGCGACUUUCUAUGGCCAUCAUAACUGUCAUUCUAGGCCCCGCAGGUCUCAUCCUUUUCGGAACUGCCGCCCAGCAUCGGCUCCACUGGAUUUUACCGCUUUUAGGAGAGUUUAUGGUCAAUCUAGCCUUGGUCAUAGCUGGAAACAUUACAUAUACAUACAUGGCCGAUGUAUAUCAAGAACGAACUGACCAGGUGCUCGUCAUGCUGAAUGCUUUAAAGAAUUUGUCAGCAUUCGGCUUGGUCUAUGCUGUUACGCCAUGGAACUCUCAUAGCGGCUAUAGUGUUGCUUUUGGUUGCCUGGCGGUCAUCUUGUUUGCAGCUCACUUGCCACUUGUUCUAUUGUAUUAUCGGGGUACGAGGAUGCAGACUUGGGAGGCCAAGACAUUUCCUGUGAAGUAG